AUGAAGUGUCAUCAACCAAGCUGCAGCGAUUCUGGGUCUGAGUCCUCAGAACAAGACCUGAAGAGUCCAGAGAAGUAUGCAACUGCCACAAGGCGACGGAUGGCUGCUAAUGCCCGAGAGAGAAAGAGGAUGCAGGGUUUGAACACAGCCUUUGAUUGCUUACGCAGAGUGGUCCCCCAGUGGGGCCAGGACAAAAAACUGUCCAAGUAUGAAACCCUGCAGAUGGCCCUCAGCUACAUUAUGGCCCUCAACCGGAUCCUGACGGACCCAAGUAGACAGAACGCUCCUUACAGGCAGUGGCUGGACCUGCAGUUGGACUGUGGUCCGCCUGAAGACCACCCCUGCUUCAUGAGGUACGACGCUCCAGCCGGACAGGACUGCAUCCACUCUUCAAUCUUAUACCAGCUGAAAAGCCAUCAUGUCCCCACAUGA